GAGGUGCUCGGGCAAGGAUCGUUCGGGGUUGUUCUCAAGGUUCACUUUCGAAGUCAAGUGGUGGCAUGUAAGCGGCUGCUGCUCAUCGGUCGGGGCCAGGGCCUGAACAAGAGCAUCCGGUCGCAACUGAUGACCGAGGUCAAGGUCAUGAUCUCGAUGAGGCAUCCCAACUUGUGCCCGAUCAUGGGAGCGUGCUUCGAGUACGGCAAGGAGUUCUUGCUGAUGCAGUACUUCGAGUACGGCAGCAUUCGUGACAUGUUGAACAAUCGGUUUGCCAUGACGUUCGACAUUCAGAUGGAUUUGAUCUCAGGCAUUGCGGCUGGCAUGCAGUAUGUCCACCUGGCCAACCCUCCCCUGAUCCACAAGGAUCUGAAAGCUGCCAACGUCCUGGUGGAUGCCAAACUGACCCCGAAGAUUUCCGACUUUGGGAUGACUUCUGCCCGAUCGAAGGAGGGAGAGCGAGUGGGGACUAUAUUCUGGAAUGCUCCUGAGCUGUUGGAUGGCCGAGGGGCGUCCACAGCCACUGAUGUCUACGCUUUCGCCAUUACCAUGUACGAGAUCUUCCACCCUCUCAACGACAACAUCUACAACAACCUCAACAUCUACCAGGUCAUGCAGGGUGUGAAGACCGGAGUGCUGAGACCGGAGCUGGACUAUUCGAAUGUCCCUCAGGAGAUGAUCAAUCUCAUUCAGGACUGCUGGUGUCAAGACCCGCAGAGACGUCCAGCCUUCACCUCCAUCGUCUCCGCGAUCAACAGCCUG